GCCAGUUCAGGCCCUUCCCUCGUUGCCUUCACUUGUCUCAGCAACGCUAGCGGUAAUCUCCCCGCUCAGCGACAGCCCUCCCCCCCCCCUUCUGUAAUACGUGGAUACUGUACCUUCGCUGGCAGUCUUAACAAGCUGCCGCGAGACUCAUCUUGUGGAGUGGUUGGUGAAAGUCAUCCAAGAUUGCUCCUAACGGAAAUCAAACGUUCGCCUGCAUUCCUCUCUGGAUAUUAGAGGACAUAAAGAGCUACAUCAAGAGAUCGGCGAACAGAAAGGCCGCAGUGAACAAGAACAGUGUUGUGUGUAGAGGACAGAGCUGCAAGUUAAUCAUGAAAGACGACAGAAACUCUAGUCAAAGUGGCCCCCUGAGAGUGGCGGUGAUAGGGGCGAGUGAGGUGGGCAAGUCAGCCCUCACCGUCCGCUACCUCACCAAGAGAUUCAUCGGGGAGUACAGAUCAGACACAGAUAUGCUGUACAAGUGUGUGCUGCAGGUGGAUGGAGCUCCUCAAUCCGUGGAGAUCAUGGACACGUGGGCCAGCUGUGAUCAGUCCUCGGACGCUCACCUCCAGUGGGCUGAAGCCUUCGUCGUGGUUUACGCCAUCACAGACAAACAGUCGUACACCUGGGCCGCCAACACAGUGCAGGAGCUGUCAGAGCGGCGGUCGUCUGCCAGUGUGUUGAUGCUGGGUAACAAGAGUGACCUGGGGCACCUACGGGAGGUGGAGGAGGUGGAGGCCAGAACGCUGGCACUCACUCAUGCCUCCCGCUUCUCCGAGGUCUCCACGGCCGAGAGCUGUACACCUGUAGCAGAUGCCCUCGACAACUUCCUUAAAGAAGUUAAGACACACCGAGGCGGCAGUAAUGGGAACACCCUGAGCAACGGGUCCCCCAAACAGCGUAAGCUCUCCGUCACCAGAAUGUUGGGUUCUCUGAUCGGCCGUCACUCACCACCCCCACAACACAUCACCGAACUCAUCGUCCUCGACAAAGAAGAACGCAGCAAGUUGGUCAGAUGUAGUCGACAGAUCUGAAUGAUUCCUACAGCUGGUGCUUCUUCAGCCCAAAGUGAACUCAAGGACUUGGCCCAAAGAUACAUAGUGAUGACCUCAUGGAGCCCUUAACACUGUUCCUGAAGGGGGCGCUGAGGUGUUUAUACAACCAAAUAUUUAUAACUUAAUGUUUUGUUCUGUGUUUUCGUUGUGAUAUUUUUGUUAUUUAUGAAGCCACACAUCGUCGCGGUGAUGGGCGGUAAGAUGUGGAGAAUUUUUAUCAAUAAGAUGUUCAGCACCGAUAGUGAACAUAAGAGUAUUUUAAGACUGAACAUUGUUGAAUACGGCGAACGAGAUAGAAAUGGCGAUACUUCAGUCUACAAUGAUGGAGAUAAUGGAGAGAAGAUGAAUACAAAUGUUAGAGAUAUGACGUCUUAAUGUUGAAGAAGUGACGUCUUUAUGCUAGAGAUUUGACGUCGUAAUGUUGGAGAUUAACGAGAAAGACCUGAAGAUGUUUUAAGAGAUGUUGGAAGAUACAGAACCUACCAAGAAACAUCAGAGGGAGAAAGUGUUAUGACCAAACCUGACAUCAGUGCUCGUGAAGGCGUCCCAUGCAAACAAACACCCAAGAAGCAUCGCGGGUCCCUGUGAUGAAGUUUCUCGUCGUGUUACUCAAGAACCGGAUCACUGUAAUAAAAAAAAAAGGCUAUUUGAAGACGUGUAUGAGAAUUUAUGAACACUGUAUAUAUCUAGACCUCCAAGAAUGUCAUUGAAAUACAAGAGACUACUGUACACACACACAGGGCAUUCUAGUGUACCUACCACACACCUGGACACACCUGAAUCUUCAACGCUGCUGGAACUUUUUUUUUUUAUCAAGAUUUCAGCCAAGACACCUCAAUAAUCAUAGGAAACAAGAGAAUUUCCCAAAACAUAAGAAUAAUAAUCGAUUUUGAAGAGACGUGAGGAGGAAUGGGGAGGCGAUAGUGUUCAAGACUGGUGUAGACUUAUGGCUGGUGGCUACUGAAGACAUAUAACUCCCUCAACUACGAGAUAAAUGAAGAUAUCUUGUGUUUUUUAUUGUCUGUCUGUCUCUCUGUCUCUCUGUCUGUCUCUCUGUCUGUCAUCCUCAAUCUGUGAUAUUAAUGUUAGUAUAAUUAUCUUUAAUGUAUUUUUUAUAAUUUAUUUGAUCAAGUACAAAAUGAAAUAAGU